AUGAGAAGAUCCCGAGUCCGCGGCCCCAACUCGGCGUUGACCGAGUUUCUCCGUGUGGAGGGCAUCACCAACGCGUUCCGGCGAUCCAGACGCGUGGCCUCGACGUCCCAAACCCCGGAGCCCCAGCUGGCAGACAUAACCAGUGACGGGUUUUCCGACGGUGCCUACAGCGAGAACGAAUCCGAGGAGGCGCAGCUCCGUUUGUCCGACGACGACGCCGGCAGAGAGCCCGACCUGUUCGGCCAGGAGGAAGACUGCGUGGACUGCGGCAACCCGUUCACCGUGACGGUGUACUCGCGCUUUGUCGACGCGUUGAAAGGGUACAUCUGCGAGGACUGCAACGAGAUCCUCAAGAAACGGGAGAAGACGGCGCGGCAGAACCAGGCCAACGCGCGCAAGCGCCGCAAAAAGAUUGCCAAGGCCCUCUUGGAUAAGAAGGCCGUGCGGAUCGCGUCUUUGCAAGACGUGUGCAUCCGCACGAUCACGCAGAACAUCGGCGCCGUGGAUGUGUUGGGCGACAUUGGGCAAGGCAACAUCAACAAGAUCCUGAAGAUCUUGUCGAAGAACCGGUCGCUCAACGACUCCACGGCCACGCUCUUCCUCAAUCCCGACUUGACGGCGCUCGAAUUCUGGGACUGCCUGAACGUGUCUAGUGACUCGUUCAACAAGAUCGCCGCGUACUGCUCGCGCCUCGAGUCGCUCACGCUCUUCAUGUGCGGCCAGUUCCACAACGAUAACCUCACCUACUACAAGGACAAGUUGCCGCAUCUCAAGAAGCUAGCGCUCAACGGGCCGUUCCUCAUCAACGACCGCGUGUGGCAGGACUUCUUCGACAAUGCCGUGUGUGACUUGCAGCAGUUUGAGAUCCGGAACACCCACCGCUUCUCCAGCGAGUCGCUCAUAUCCCUUCUUGAGAAACGCGGGCCCAACCUCACCCUGCUCAAGCUUUCCCGGCUCGACGGCUUGGACUCUGCGGCCGUGUACGAGCUCAUUCCCGAGUACAUCACUGCGGGGAGGCUUACCACGUUGGAGGUCUCGCACCCGCACAAGCCCGAGUUGAUCUCUGACGACUUGCUCAUCCAUAUUCUCGCCAUCACCGGCGAGUCCUUGAGACACUUGAACGUGGAUGGGUGCACGGGGCUCACGGACACGUUUUUGGUCGAGGGCUUGGCGAAGUUCUGCCCCAGCUUGGAGCUGCUUUCCAUGCGCAACCUCGAUCUACUCACAGACGAAGGCUUUGCGGAGGCCUGGCGUGAGCUCGCGGCCAUCAACUACGGCGGGCUUGUGAAUGUCGACCUUACCAAAUGCACGGGCUUGGGCGACCGGUCCGUGCACGCGUUGCUCGCCCAUUCGGCAAAGACGUUGGUGGACGUGUCGCUCAAUUCGCUAUCGAAGUUGACGAAAGACUUCUGGAAGCGAGCAUUGGACGGCGCCGCCCGAACCCAUGGGGAUAAGCCAGAUGCCCCGGCGAACGGCCGUGAGCCUCCUGAGGCUCCCGCCGUGUCUUUUCCGCUUCUCACCCGACUCGACGUGGGAUUCGUGAGGAGCUUUGACGACGAAGCGGCGGAGCAGUUGUCCCGGGAAUGCCCCAAGUUAGCCGUGCUCGAGGUUUUCGGGAACAACCGCUGCACGGCCAAAGCCCGGACGCGGCGCGAGCUUUUGGUCAUUGGAAGACAGGGCGAAGACAUUUAG